AUCGCCAAAGAUCUCUCAACGUCAAGCGUCGUCGACUCUCGAAAAGAGCGGCUCGAAUUGCGACAAAUCGUCCACGUAACGGCAAGAUGUCGGUCCCACGCGCGAGGUUACUGCAGCUCAUGGAGGCUCGCUGCAAGCUCUUCGAGACCACCUUCAACCCCGACGGCAUCCGCGCCGGCAACAAGAUCCUGAGACAGCGCCUCAAGGGCCCCGCCCUCGCCGGAUACUACCCACGAAGGAUAUGGACCAUGCAGGAGUUCCAGGCCGAGUUCAGGGAUCUUCACCUCCUGGUUGACGACGAGAAGGAGCUGGACCGUUUCGAACAUGUUUCUCUUCUGAAAGCGCGCGGGAAGGGUGCGCCCAAGAAGAAGAACUCUGCUCCCGAUCACAAGAAGAAAAAAUGA